ACAGUGUGUAUGGUCCGCUGUUGAAGGACUUCCAUCCCCUCGCUAUCUUGAGCUUAAGCUGGAUAUAGACAUGCCACCAGCUAAAGCGGGAUAAUGGAGCGGAGAGCAUAGCAGUGCACUCAAGGAACCAAGAAAUCAGAAUGCCGUGCAUGGCAGUUGGCAAGCCGAAACCGAGUACACCAUCCUAUAACCUUUGCUUCCAGCGAUUUAGGAAGUCUCCAGUUCAUCGGAAGAGCCCAGUGGAAUGGAGUGCACUCCUCGUCGCCUCUAAGACACGGAGUAGACUGUACAGGUCGGAUACCCUCUCUGGGUCAAUCCUGGACUUUGUUGGCUCUGGUGCUUACCGACGCGGAAAACACCGUUCUGUACAGCAGGAGUGCAGAUAGGCCAGCGUGCGAUGCAAAUUCUAUCUUAUGGUCAAAGGGAUCCGAAUCCGAAUCUGGAGAGGCACUGGCAGAGU